UACGAUGUUCGACAUCUCCUCUCUGGUCCCAUUCCGCCUCGCCCCAAGCGCCGUCCUCUUCAUCCUCCUUCUUCCGUCGAAGCAGACCUUGAUCAUCAACGUUAUCUGGAUCUUCCUUCAUCUCCUCCUCACGAAGAAUCACAAGGUAAAUUAACGUAGUUUCUCUUCUAGCUUCUUAUUCCUUUCUUUUAUAUUUUGUUUAUUCGCUGUUGUUUUAUGCUUAGUUUCUCUUUUAUUUAGCGUUGUUUAUAUUGGAUCGAACCUAGCGGUGUUGAGAUUGCUUUAUGUUUUACUGACGAGAGGAAUUGCAAUUUUUUGUAAGUGUAAGAGUUGGAACGUUAAUUAGUGGAUUUAAUGGAAGAUAGUUUAGUUAAUAAUUAUAUAGGAAAAUUUUAGCAAAAAAUUAUGAAACUGUUUGACUGGAAUUUUGGUUUCUGAUGUCAGUACUACCUAGUGAAUAAGGCAUUAUGGCUUGAUUAUUAUUGUAGUGCUGAUUUUUGUUCCGUAGAUGGAAAAGUUGAAUGUUUUGAUGUUUGAUGAAAGGAUUGCAUGAACAUAUUGUUGUGUGUAGAUUAAUUUUAGAUUUAUCCACAUGGAGGAGGGGAUGUAAACCAUGAAUUCAAGCUGAGUGGUUGAAAUGGAGGAGGAUUUAAGGGGUUUUAUGUGACGCAACGGUACCACUUGAGCUGAAGGGAAAAUUUUAUCGGACUGCGGUAAGAUUUGCGUAUGGUACGAGAUAGAAUGUUGGACAAUUAAGAAGCAACACAAGAAUAAAGUUAGUGUAGCAUAGAUGAGGAUUGGAUGUGAGGUAAGACCAAACAUGAUAGGAUUAGAAAUAAAAUAAUAGAGUGUUGGGUUAGCACCUAUAGUAGAGAAGAUGGUGGGAAAUAGACUUAGGUGGUUUGAGCAUAUAAAGAGAAGACUUGUAGAUUCUGUGAUAAAAAGAGUAGAUCUGAUAGAGAGAAGUCAAACAAUUAGAGGAAGAAGAAGACUUAGAAAGAUUAUAAUAGUAGUUAUUAAGAUAGAUCUUGAGAUUAACAAUUUGGAUAGAAGCAUGGUCUUAGGUAGAAUAUUAUGGGGAACGUUGAUCCAUGUGACCGACCCCACUUGUGUGACAAGUUUUGUUUGUUGUUGUUGUAUUGCUAUACUGAAGACUUUUGUAUUUUUGGAACAAUAUUGUGUUAAUGAAUCAUGGCUAAUUCUCUACUUUUUUUUUUUAAAAACAAGCGAGAAUGAAAAGUUUUUUUAAUUGGUUCUCAUCUUGGUGACACAUCACACAUGGAUAUGUUUAGUUUUUUUGUUUGUACAACAACAAUCUUUACAUUUGCAGGAUGCAAUCUAAUAUGCUACGGUUCCUGUGUCAGACUACAAAUAAUGAUUCAGGUGCAGUGGAUUCAGCUGGCUAUCGUGCUGUUGCAUUUUCAUAUGAAAAUUCUAAUGUGUCAACUGAGACAAAGGGCGAUGAUACUGAGUCUGGUUUUCGUCCCAACUUUCCAGUACCAGAAAGCUUACGUCAUAACCUGCCUCCAAAUGAGAAGCUACACCAGAUUAUUUCAAGGACUGCAAUAUUUGUCAGCAAGCACGGAAGCCAAUCAGAAAUCAUUCUGAGGGUGAAACAAGGAGAUAAUCCAACAUUUGGGUUCCUGAUGCCUGAUCAUCAUCUUCAUCCGUAUUUUAGGUUUCUGGUUGAUCAUCAAGAACUUCUGAAUGUCGAAACAGUUGAUGCAGAUUCAGCAUUGGACAAGAAUAGAAGUCAGGGGCUGGAUCAAACAGGUGGUGCAUUGUCUUUGCUUGGAUCUGUCUAUGGAUAUGGAGAGGAUGAGGAUGGCACAACAGAAAAUGCUAGUGACCUUGAGAGAAACACACAUGUGGGAGUUGUUGAUGUGAGUACCACUUAUGCAUCUAAAGGGAUAGAACAAGCAGAAUCAUCCUCAGAUGCAACCAAGAAGGAUGAAAGCAUUUCUAAAACUCAAAUACCUUUUAAAGAAAAAAUUCCUGUUAUAAAGCGGAAUCAGUUUAUCACUAAUGUUAAGACAGUAACUUCAGGAAAGACAAAAACAGGAGAUAUCCUGGAUUCAGGGUCCAAUGCUGCAAAUAAAUCACAGACUUCUGUGCCCAGUACAGCUAAGAUUGAACUGCCUGUUGUUGAACCUCCAUCUGACAUAAAAAUUGUUAUUGAGAGGAUCGUUGAGUUCAUCUUAAAAAAUGGCAGGCCAUUUGAGACUGUUCUUGCUGAACAGGAUCGUGCUCAUGGAAGGUUCCCAUUUCUUCUGCCUUCCAAUCAGUAUCAUACUUACUAUCUGAAAGUUCUUCAAACUGCUGAAGAGUCUAAAUUACCAGGUAAGGGCUACCAGAAGUACAAUCCAGCUGGUCGUGCAAGAGAUAAUAACUCUGCUGCAUAUGAAGAAAAUGACAAUAAAUUCAAGAUGAAUAUUGGCAAUUUAAAGAAGGAUGGUCAAGAGCCAACUCCCAAAGACAGCCAAUCUCAAACUACAGUUAACAUCCAUGCGGCGGCAGCCGCUGCUAUUCUUCAGGCAGCUACCAGGGGCAUUAAAAGGCCCAAUUUAGAAAUUUUUAGUAAGACGUCAAGUGGUAAUGGUCAAGGCCUUGGAAGUGAUGGUAGGAAUUUGUCCAGCUCUGGGAGUUUGCCGUCAUCUCAACUGCAGGGUUUUGUUCCACAUUGCAAUCUGAACGCAGAGGCUAGUGCUUCUGUUCCAGUUGCCAAGGCUAUUGCAGAAAAAGUGGCUAUUGCAGCAGCAGGCGAGGCAGACUCCUCUGAAGCACAUAUGACUAAAGAGCAAAAGCUUAAAGCAGAGAGAUUGAAACGAGCCAAGAUGUUUGCAGCUAUGAUAAAAAGUGGAGCUGGAGCACUUAAAAGUGAACUGCCAAGAGCUUUAUCUGUUGAGCCACCAGGCUCUGGGCUCUCAGGUUCGGAUGCUGAGAUUGGAAAUCUUUUGAUUAAAGAAAGGGAAGGAAGUUCUGUUCCGUUCAAUGCUGAUAACUCAGAUAAAAGUCAUAAGUCUGAAGAAAAGCUUUCUGAUGAUAAUUCAGAUGGAAGUCACAAGUCUGACGAAAAAGUUGCUGUUGAUGAUAAUAUUGAAAGGCGAUCAAAAAGAAAAUACCGUUCAAGGACCAGUAGACUUGAAGAGGAAGAAGAGGAAGAGGAAGAGGAAGAAGAAAAUAAAGAAGAUAUAAGGGAUCAGAAACGGUCCAGAAAAAAGCAUCGAUCACAUCGAUCUUCACACAGAAGUCGGGAUAGAGAUUCAGACAGAGACAGGGACAAAAUCAGGCGGAAGCACAAGAGAAGAGAUUCAGACAGAGAUAGGGACAGGAUCAGGAGUAAGCAUGAUAGCUCUUCAGAUGAUGAGCAUCAACACUCAAGGCAUCAUCGCAAAUACAAUAGCUCCUCUGAUGAAAAGUACGGCUCUCCUAGGCGACAUCGUGGAGAGAAUGACUUGUCAGACCGGGAGCGUAGACAUUCGCGUAAACAUUAUAGUUCAUCUGAGGAUGAGCAUAUACACCGACACCGAAGCAGAAAGACAAAGCAUAAGAGUAGGAGGUCUCAUGCUGAAAGAGAGGCUGAGUUGGAGGAGGGGGAGAUAGUGAAAUCAGACAAGUCGCAAGUAAGCGAACUUGGGCGAGUUAGCAGGGAGGCUUCUGCUGAAUUAUAUAAGCCUACAAAAGCACCAUCUCAAUCACCUGAAGUAACUAAUGUUUCUGAUGAACUUAGAGCCAAAAUUAGAGCCAUGUUGAUGGAAAAUUUGUGAAACCACAUUUGGGCUCAUAAUGUAUUAUUGUUAAUCUUCGUUAAGUUGUUGAUUAUUUAUCUAGUCUUUUGUUUCAUCUUA